UGUUUUGAGUCGCGCAUCUCAUGGCGUUUAAGUAGUUAAUAGAUUUCCCAAUCGUUUAUAAACACCAAUCUUGAAUCUUGGUUAGCAGCUGACGACACAGCUUCAGUUAAAUGAACCCCGACGAGUGCAGAUAACCUGAAUAAAAAAAAAAGUAUUUCAAUCUACAAAACGAACUCUGGAUUAGUGCCUUGAGAUAUCUGUCGAAACGUUCAAUCGAAAUCUUUGAAACUCACUCGUCUCACUGCCAAUCGGAACAAGCUCAACGAAGAUGGGAAGCAAAUCGACGGAAUAUGUAUCGCGAGAAUAAAACGCAUUUGCUUCGAUCAGGCAAUAUUUAUAACCUAUAUUUGUAAUUUGCGGUGCUUGGAGUGAUUUGUGAAAUUUUGUAUUUAAUAAACAUGAUGAAUGACAGUAACGUUGACAGUAAGAUGGUCGACGGAAACAACAGUGGCAAUCUGUCGCCGUUACCAGCGGAAAAAUUGCCAGAAUGUUGGAAUCAGGAGGAGAGGAUAAGUGCAUUGUUUUCACCGUUUCGCAGCAAAUCCGCAAACCCACAGGAUUGGAUCUCUAAAUACAAGUUCUGGAAUAAUCUGAUAUAUGAGUGGUUGAAGCACAACAUGCAAUGCAGCUUUUCAAUAGUCGAUUUAAACGAAGUGUUCAAAAGAAAAGGCUGUGCGCCGCUUUGUCUGGUUACUGUAACUGAGGAGCUUUUAAGAAAUAACGAGAUAAUUCAAGAGACUGCUUUUUUUAAAGAGCCAUGUGAAACGUGGACAGCAUGGUCGAUUGACAUAUUUAUAAAAAAACCAAUUAGCUGGUCAUUUACCAAAGUAAAAAAUUAUGUUGUGGGUCAGAAGACAAACGACACAGAAGUAAGAUAUGUACAUCUGCGGAUUGUGCGAGAAUUAGGUGACAUUAUCCUCUCUAUCACAGAAGUUAGAAAAAAUGUCUUAUUUCCGAUAUCAGAAAUAGUAGAAUAUUGCAAGAGCAAAACAAAAAAGCAUAUUUCGGAAAGAGCAGUGAGAUUGACAUUAGAAUGGUUGAGACAAAGGAGAAAGGUGACAUUUAGGAAGAAUUCUAAUACAAAUAGUGAAUUAUUAGUGAAAAUUUCUGCGCAAACAGCAAAUGAAAUUACAGAGAUAGAAGAAGGCAUGUACAAAUUGACAAAACAGGAAAAUGAACUUAUUAAGGAAAUAGAACUCAUGGAGCAAGAAAAGCUUAAUAUUGUUAAUGAAGCAAAAUCAUAUUUGGGGAAAGAAUUGCGGCAGAUGGCGAAAACGACGUUGAAAAGAAAAAUGGAAUUAGAAAAGACCAUAGAGAAGCGCGCGCAAGCUCUUACAAAUCUGCGCGUUCUCAUCACCAAUAUUCAAGAUGCGCAUUCUAAUUCUGCUGUGUUAUCUGCUUAUAAAACUGGGUCUGAUGUAUUGAAGAAAAUGGGACAAAAUAAUUUAACAGAAUAUGAAGUUAAAGAUGUUAUGGAUGACAUUAAUGAAAUUUUAGAGGAGAAGAAAGACAUAGAUACAGUUUUAUCUGAGACACUAAACAACCCAGACUCUGAUGCUGAAUUGGAAAAAGAAUUAGCAGAAUUGUUGGCUGAGGAUGAUGCGAAAGUUUCCAUUAUGGUUCCCAAUUCGAAUCCAGAGAUUGAAAAAUUGAAUCAACGUUUGCAAGACUUACGCAUGGAAGGUUUAGUUUCACCCAGCAAAAAUGUAGUCCUACCGUCCGUACCAUCUGACAAAGAAAAGGCACUAAAGGAACCUGAGUGUGUGUAAGUGGCAAUAGUCAAUAUGAUUAUAUAAUAACAUUAUAAAAAAUUAGUCAUCUCAAAUUUAAAAAAAAAAUGUUUUACUGUAGGUAUUGUGUCAUAUAAUGAAACGUAAUUUUUUAUGUACAUUGUGUAUAAAAACAAUAUGUAAAAAUUUUUUUAUUAUAUCUGCUUUGCAUAACUUGGCAUACAUGAAGUUAAAAUAGAAGAUAUGUAUGGCAA